AUGGAACUUGAUAUUGAUAAAUUGAUUAGUUGGGUCAGUGAAGGAAAUCCACCAGAGGAGGAAGAUGUCACAGCCUUGAUAGAUUUGGUAACACCAAUUUUUGACAGUGAGCCAAAUUUAUUAAAAAUUCAGCCACCUUUAAAGAUUUGUGGCGAUUCACAUGGUCAACUCUAUGACUCUCUGAAAAUGUUUGAGCUUAGCCCUGCAGCUCCUGACACAAGAUAUCUUUUUUUGGGAGAUUACGUAGAUAGAGGUGCCUUUUCAAUAGAACUACUUACAUUACUACUUGCAUACAAACUCAAAUACCCUAAUGAUUUCUUCUUAUUGCGUGGAAAUCACGAAACUAUUGCCGUGAACAGUGAAUACGGAUUCCAGGCCGAGAUAGAGGCAAAAUAUGGAAAACAUACUCUAUUUGACAAAUGCAACGAGUUAUUUAAAUCGAUGCCCGUCGCAGCACUCGUUGAUAAUAGAUUGUUGUGUCUUCAUGGCGGAAUUUGUCCACAACUACAGACUAUUGAACAGAUUGAUGAAUUUGACCGCCACGUCGAACCAGACUAUACUAGCCUUCUCAGUAACAUAAUCUGGAGUGAUCCUUCUGAAUCAAUUCAUAAAUGGCAAAGAAGUGAUCGUAGAAGUGGAUAUUUGUUUGGGGAAGAGCAAAUUGCAAAGUUUUUAGCGGAUAAUCACCUACAGGCUUUAGUCAGAAGCCACGAAAUGGUUGAUGGUUUCAGAAUUCAAUUUGAUGGCAAAGUUAUUACAGUAUGGAAUGCUCCAAACUACUGCUAUUACUGCGGAAACAAUGGGUCAUUCAUGCUUGUUGGUAAUUCUGCUGAAGAAGACUCUUUUGUCGUUUUCUCGCCAAUGCCUGCUGAAAGAAGAAGAAAACCAAUGCAAUCUGACAACCCUUAUUUCUUAUGA